AUGGCUGACAUUAACGUUGAUGUCUUGGUUAUUGGCGCUGGACCGACCGGUCUUGGUGCCGCCAAACGCCUGAACCAGAUCGACGGCCCGUCAUGGCUGCUUGUCGACUCCGCCGACAAGGCCGGUGGUCUUGCUUCUACUGAUGUCACUCCCGAGGGCUUCCUCUACGACGUCGGUGGCCAUGUUAUCUUCUCCCACUACAAGUACUUUGACGACUGUAUCGAUGAGGCCCUGCCCAAGGACGAUGACUGGUUCACGCACCAGCGCAUCUCCUAUGUCCGCUACAAGAACCUCUGGGUUCCCUACCCCUUCCAAAACAAUAUCUCCAUUCUGCCUAAGGAGGACCAGGUCAAGUGCAUGGAUGGCCUCAUUGACGCCGCUCUGGAGGCCCGCGUUUCGAACACCAAGCCCAAGGACUUUGACGAGUGGAUUGUUCGCAACUGUGGUGAGGGUGUGGCCGACAUUUUUAUGCGCCCCUACAACUACAAGGUCUGGGCUGUCCCUACUACCAAGAUGCAAUGCGCCUGGCUCGGAGAGCGCGUCGCCGCUCCUGACCUGAAGCUCGUCACCAAGAACGUCGUCCUGAACAAGGUUGCUGGAGGUUGGGGUCCUAACGCCACUUUCCGCUUCCCCGCCCGCGAUGGAACUGGUGGUAUCUGGAUUGCUGUUGCGAACACGCUUCCCAAGGAGAAGAUCCGCCUUGGCGAGAAGGGCUCGGUCGAGAAGGUUGACGCCCAGGGCAAGAUCGUCACUCUCAAAGACGGCACAACCGUCAAGUACAACAAGCUUGUCUCCACCAUGGCUGUUGACCACCUUGUCGAGAAGAUGGGCAACCAAGAGCUCGUCAACCUGUCCAAGGGUCUCUUCUACUCCUCUACCCACGUUAUCGGUGUCGGUAUUCGUGGAGAGCGUCCCGAGCGUAUUGGCGACAAGUGCUGGCUGUACUUCCCCGAGGACAACUGCCCCUUCUACCGCGCCACCAUCUUCUCCAACUACUCACCCUACAACCAGCCCGAGUCCAGCAAGAAGCUGCCUACCCUUUACCUGGCUAAUGGCAACAAGCCCGACUCUGCCGACGCCAAGGAGGGCCCCUACUGGUCCAUCAUGUUGGAGGUCUCCGAGUCUUCUAUGAAGCCCGUCGACCAGGAGAAGAUUCUUGAGCAGUGCAUUCAGGGUCUUAUCAACACCGAUAUGAUUAAGCCCGAGGACGAGAUCGUGUCUACCUACCACCGCCGCUUCGACCACGGCUACCCCACUCCCUCGCUCGAGAGAGAGGGCGUUCUCAAGGACCUUCUCCCCAAGCUUCAGGAUCUCGACAUCUACUCUCGUGGACGCUUCGGCAGCUGGAGAUACGAGGUCGGCAACCAGGACCAUUCGUUCAUGCUUGGUGUCGAGGCCGCUGACAACAUCGUCAACGGCGCUGUCGAGCUGACGCUUAACUACCCUGAUUUCGUCAACACGCGCCGCAACGAGGAACGUCGCCUAGCCCAGUCAUACAACUUUGCCUCAAAGUCUAAUGUCAACGGCACCGCCCUCCCCUCGCACAGCAAGUAA